AUGGUUGAUUCAAAGUAUGCACAACCUGCAAUUCCUAAAUUUGAUGGACACUAUGAUCACUGGGCAAAGCUCAUGGAGAAUUUCCUUCGAUCAAAGGAAUAUUGGCAUUUGGUGGAACAUGGAGUAAAGGUUGUUCUAGACAAAACUACUGCAUCAGAGGCAAAAAUUAAAGUCAUGGAGGAGCAGAAACUUAAGGAUUUAAAGAUCAAAAACUAUCUCUAUCAAGCCAUAGAUAGAGAAAUUUUGGAUACCAUUCUCAAUGAUGAAACGUCAAAAAAUAUAUGGGAUUCCAUGAAGCAGAAGUUUCAAGGUUCAACACGAGUCAAACGUGCUCAAUUACAAGCNCUACGCAAAGAGUUCGAAACGCUACAGAUGAAGGAGGGAGAAUCUGUGAAUUCUUAUUUUGCCAGAACAUUGAAGAUUGCCAAAAGCAUGAAAGCUGUUGGAGAAAGUAUGCAAGAAANUGUCANAACUNCNAAAAUCNUGCGGUCUAUGACAANCCAAUUCAAUUAUGUGGUGUGCUCCAUUGAAGAAUCAAAUAACUUGGAUUCCAUGACAAUAGACGAACUACAAAGUAGUCUAUUAGUUCAUGAACAAAGAAUGAUACUUCCAACAACUGAAGAACAGGUUAUGCAAACCCUAGUAGAUGACANAAGUGGAAGAGGAAGAGGAAGAGGAAGAAGUAGAGGAGGAUUUCGAGGUAGAGGAAGAGGAAGACAAUCAUUCAACAAGGCNNAAGUUGAAUGCUUCAAGUGUCACAAGUUUGGACAUUUUNAAUAUGAAUGUCCUUUGUGGGAAAAGAAGGCACAUUAUGNUGNAAUGGAGGAACAAGANGAACAAGAGGAAGAGGUCCUGCUGAUGACCUCGGUAGAAUGUAAANAAGGAAAGAAAGAUAAAUNGUUCUUAGACUCAGGAUGCAGUAACCACAUGAGUGGUAACAAGGAGUGGUUCUCAACACUAGAUGAGAAUUUUCAACACAAAGUAAAGCUGGGAAAUGAUACCNACAUAGCUGUGAAGGGAAAAGNAAGUGUUCNAAUGAUGNUGAAUGGAAUUAUACAUGUUAUUACACAUGUAUANUAUGUUCCAGAACUCAAGAAUAACCUAUUGAGUAUAGGNCAGCUGCAAGAAAAGGGCUUAAGCAUCACAAUUCANAACAAUAAGUGCAAUAUUGUUCAUUCAGAAAAAGGGUUGAUUUUGGAGGUACAUAUGAGUGCANACAGGAUGUUUUCUCUGACAGCAAUCAUGAAANGGGAACCAACANCAAUCAUAAAAGGGGAACCAACUCCUAAGGAGCUAUGA